AUGUUUAGAUCACUUAUAAGACCUAAACUCGUACGAGGACUCAGACCUCAACUCAUAAAGCCACAAUUAAUGGUUUUACCAGGUUUAAGAUUUGCAUCCACAAAUACCAAUGAAAAAUUAUCAGAAAUCACCACCGAGUUGAGUCAAUUCACUGAUGAACUUCCAUUACAAUCACCAUUAACUUCCGACCAAUUGGGAUACUUGGACUCCAUUGGUUUGGCCCAAGGGUUUGGUCCUACCGCCAUGGUAGAGAGAGUCAUGGAAUAUGCCCAUGUUUAUACUGGUUUACCGUGGUGGGCCACCAUCAUUGGAGUUUCCUUAAGUUUGAGAUUCGUCAUGUUCCCAUUGUACGUUAGAGCCACCAGAAAUGCCGCUAAGGUUUCCAAGAUCAAGCCAGAAUUGGACGAUAUCAUGAGAGGUUUAAGAAAUGCUGAAAAUCCUCAAGAACAAGCUGAGUUAACCAGAAGAAGACAAAAGCUUUCAAAGGAUAAUGAUAUUCACAUGACCCAUCAGUUCUUACCCGCUGUAUCUCAAAUCGUCUUUGGGUAUGCUUCAUACCAGGCGUUAACUAAGAUGGCCAGAUUCCCCGUUCAAGGUUUUAGUGAACAAGGGGCUUAUUGGUUCCAAGAUUUAAGUCAAGUUGAUCCAUAUUUGGGUUUACAAGUGAUUUCUGCCGCUGCUUUCUUAGCUAUGUUCAAAUUAGGUUCUAAAGCUGGUAUGAGUGAGUUUGGUCCAACACAAAUGAGUGCUCCUAUGCAAAAAUUAAUGUAUGCCAUGCCAAUUGUAACAAUUUUCAUCACCAAAAAUUUACCUGCGGCUUUCAUUUUGUACUUGGCCACAAACUCAAUUUUUUCAAUUUUACAAAGUUUGAUUUUCAAUAAUAAAACUUGUAGAAAAUGGUUAAAGAUUCCUCCAAUGGUAAGACAUGCUCCUAAACCUCAAGAUAACAAUUUAGGAGAUUGGUGGAAAGAUUUUAAAGAUCAAACAAAUAAGAAUACACAAAAGAAUAUGCGUCAAUCAGAUAAAAGAUUGGCAGCUAGAAGAAAGAGAAAUCUUGAUUCUAAUAAUAAUUAUAUAAAGAGACAUUAG